GGUGGUGCGGGGCUGGGGUAGGGGAUCCCCUCGCUAUCACCUCAGCUCCUAGAACAGCCCACCGGGUGGACACAGACCAGCACCUAGGGGCUUUCAGGUGGGUCUGGACAGCUGCCUUUGGGAGCUGCCAACUUUCUCUUUCCGCAACCAGAGAGAGUGGGGUGGGGGAGAUCUCUUCGUUUGGCCCCCACCCCGGGGGGGAAGCAGAGAACUCGGCUGAUUCCCAAGGCCUUCCUACACGCACCCCUGUCCCAGGAAGCCAAGAUGUGGCAGCAGAAGCCGUGGCUGGUGCUACUCCUUGUCACCUCCUUCACAGAUUUGUGCCUGGCUGGUAAGCUGGAGACGUCAGCUCUGGUUACUGUGGUCCUCGGUCAAGAUGCAGAGUUGCCGUGUUUCUACAGGGGAGAGCCCGGGGAGCAGGUGAAGCAGGUGGCUUGGGCCCGAGCUGGAGAGGGAGAGGGGACGGCAGAACUGGCAUUGCUACAUGACACAUACGGUCUGCAUGUGAGUCCUCCCUAUGAGGGACGAGUGGAGCGGCCGCCACCCCCUCGGGAUUCCAAUGAUGGUGCCAUACUCUUGCGGAAUGCCGUGCAGGCCGAUGAGGGGGACUACGAGUGCCGAGUCAGCACUUUCCCUUCAGGCAGUUUCCAGGCGGGGCUCCAUCUCCGAGUGCUUGUACCCCCUCUGCCCACACUGAACCUGGGCCCCACCCUGGAGGAAGGCCAAGGUCGAACACUGGCAGCCUCUUGCACAGCUGAGGGCAGUCCUGUGCCCAACGUGACCUGGGACACAGUGGUCAAGGGUAUGAUCACUAACCGCUUGUCUAGUCACCCGAGAUCAUCUUCAGUCACCUCAGAGUUCCAUCUGGUGCCAAGCCGAACUAUGAAUGGGCAGUCCCUCACCUGCGUGGUGUCCCACCCAGGCCUGCCAGAGGACAAAAGGAUCACACACAUGCUCCGGGUUGCCUUUCUUGCUGAGGCCUCGGUGUGGGGCCAUGAAGAUCCUGAGCUAUGGCACGUGGGAAGAGAAGGCGUCAUGCUCAAGUGUCUGAGCGAGGGGCAGCCUCCACCCUCCUACAACUGGACUCGGCUGGAUAGGCCUCUGCCCAGCGGGGUGCGAGUGGAUGGAGGCACCUUGGGCUUCCCUCCACUGACUGUUGAGCACAGCGGCACCUAUGUCUGCCAUGUCAGCAAUGAGGUCUCUUCUCGGGACAGCCAAGUCACUGUGGCUGUCACAGCAGAGAAUGAAGCCCCACCAGUUGAUGUGGAUGUGGUUUCUGCCUCCAUGGUGGCAGUAGGAGUGAUUGCUGCUCUGCUGCUUUGCCUCCUGGUGGCAGUGGUGGUGCUCAUGUCCAGAUACCAUCGACGCAAGGCCCAACAGAUGACCCAGAAGUAUGAGGAGGAGCUGACCUUGACCCGGGAGAAUUCCAUCCGCAGACUUCACUCCCACCAUGCAGAGCCACGGAACCAGCCCGAGGAGAAUGUAGGGCUUCGAGCUGAAGGCCACCCUGAUAGUCUCAAGGACAACAGUAGCUGUUCUGUGAUGAGCGAAGAGCCCGAGGGCCGAAGUUACUCCACUCUGACCACGGUGAGGGAGAUUGAGACCCAGACCGAGCUGCUGUCCCCAGGCUCCGGCCGGACAGAAGAUGAAGAAGAUCGAGAUGCUGGGAUCAAGCAGGCCAUGACCCACUUUGUUCAGGAGAAUGGGACUCUUCGAGCCAAGCCCACAGGCAACGGCAUCUACAUCAAUGGACGGGGACACCUAGUCUGACCCUCUGCCAGGCCUCUGCCUCAACUGUCCAGCGGCCCUCCUUGGACCCACGUUGGGAGAUAUUUGCAUGCCCUUGCACCUAGCACCCCUGAAACAAAGGCCUGUGACCCUGUUGACUUCUGGCCUACUCCCAGGCCCCUUCCCCAGCUUCUCUUUAGAGGUGCCCCUCUGGGUAUGGCCUCUCCUGGUGCUAGUCUUUGUGCAUGUGUACAUGUGUGCGUGAGCGAGUGCAUACAUGUGUGUGCGCGUGCAUGUAUGUGAACACAAGAUUGAGUAUAUUUGAAUGAUUGUGGUUUGGAUGACUUUAUAUGUGUAUCAGUGUACAGGUAAGUGUGUGUGUGUGUGUGUGUGUGUGUGUGUGUGUGUGUGUGUGUGUUCUGGUGAUCACCUUUGGUCAUUGCCUGUGUACAUGGACUAGACCCUCAGACCCUAGAGCAGUAUUAUUGAAACAGAGGAGAGGUGGGGGCUGCACCGAGGGAAGUGGAUCCUGGGGGACGGUCCCCGGCAAGGGGCUGGGGGACGGCCUGAUCAAGGAGCUGGCCUCUCUCCUGAUUGUGGGAGCAGGGCUCCCUCUGGCUGGCUGCGGAGAGUGGCACCAUGUUUGGCUUGGGUGGUUGGCAGUGCCCGCUGGCUGCUUGCAGAGCCCGCCCUCUUGUGGCACAGAGAGACUGGUGCAAGGAUGAAAUUUUCUGAAAUGUUGGCUCACAAGAUUCAGAGCCAGGAGGGACUUCUACCUUCCCUUCCCACUUCACAGAUAAGGAAACCCGAAGCCCAGAAUGGUCAAGUGAUUCACCCAAAGUCACAGAGGCAGUAAACAUCUGCAGCGGCACUCGAACCAGGGACAAGUGCUCUUCCCGUUGUACCACAUUGCCUCCCUUGCUUGUAAAUAGGACUUUUUGUAAGUUUAAUUCCACGUUAAAUAUUUUAGGGAAGCUUGCUAUUUAAGGGAUUGCUGCAGUAAAUCCUUUUUCUAAGCAAAAGGCAUUUCUCUGAAAAAAAAAAUAAUUGUAUAAGGUUUGGUCUCAUCUCUCCCCAUGCUGCUCCACACAGCCCUUUCUGUGUCUUCCUCUGUUUCUCUAGCUACCAAAGUACUAGCUUGGGGGAGCACCAGAACCAGGGUUCCUGGGUUGUAAUUUGCAAUACUGGCAAGGGAAUAUAGAGCUGGGGGAAGGUAGAGGAGGGUCACAGUUUGGGUGAAUGGGGGUGGUUUAGGCAGGAACAGCCCUCUUCUCCUGGGAAUUUCUGUCAUUGAACCUCUGACAUCCAGAUAGCAGUUCCCAUAGACAGCUAGGGCUAGAGGGUGGUUGUGGUCCCCAAGGCUCAAGCCCUUUCUUGGGCCUCUCCUGACAGUCAUGGACACACAGACCCAAGGUCUUCAUUAAGCAUGAAAAACCCCGGUUUGGGGGAAUAUGCCAAAUGCCCUGAGUUUUGUUUCCUCACCCUACCUCAGAGGACUGGGGGAGAUGGUGUGUGUGUGUGUGUGUAUGAACAAAGACAAAGAUGCCUACUCACUUUCCUGGCCCUCUUGGACAGCCUGGAGUUUGAGGGAGUGACCUGGCAGAACAUAGGUCUGAUCUGUAAAUAGUGUGAAUAGUACUGUAGAAGUAGUGUAAAUAGUUUACAGCCCGGCCCUCCCUACCCCUAACCCCCUUCAUAAAUAAAGCUCUCCAAACUUG